AUGUCGGCAGAGCUGAAGGUGAACACGGGAGCCCCCGGGUGCCUUUCUGGUGCCUUUCCGUGCCAAGCAGAGCCAGUGCUGCCGCUGCUCCGCCAGUUUCUGGCGUUUGGCCGCUUUACUUGCGGUCUCACGCAGGGGACCCAGCACCCUGCCGGUGCCGGACGGCGGAGGCCAGGCCGCGCCCCGCCGACCGAUCCGGAAGGGGCUGGGCACGGCGCGGCCGACAAGAUGGUGGCCACCAGGCAGGCGGCGAGGCGGCAGGGGCAGGCGCCGCCGGCAGUGGGGGACACCGGCAGCACCCCAGGGCCCCGGCCCGCCGGGGCGGCGGAGAAUGUCACCUCUGGAUUUACUUCCCAUGACAUCUUGCCAGAAUUUUGUGGAAUGAGACAGAAGAGGACAUAUACUGAAAUUGGUACUUCUGUAUCUACAAAGAUGUCCAGAAGGAGUAGAGCAAUUUGUAAGCCUGAGGUAAUUAAAGAAUCUCAGCUUGAACAGGUGGAACGCACAGAAGCAAAAUCAGAUGCUAGUGAUAGCUUAGAGAUAAAAAGUACUAGAAAUGAGAACACAAGUGUUCAUUCAGCACAAUCGGCUGCCGAACCCCAGGUUGAUGGGGAUGUAUCAGAAGCAGAAUCAAACUGCUCUGCUGUGUCUGGUCUUCAGACACCUUUGAUUAUAAGAGUAACAAGAAGACGACAAAUUGUAGUUCCUUAUCAACCAGAUUCUCCUGCAAAAAAAAGACACGACAAGACUACUUUUCUAAACGAGUUAAGCAGUACUCUAGAUGAAGAUGAUGUCUCUGAAGCUGAAUCUUGUUCUGGUGUUGUUUCUGGUGUCCGGAUGCCUAACGUUACCAGAACUACAAGAAAAAGGCAAAGCAAAAAGAAGUUACAAGCAGAUCCAGUCUGUGAAGCCCAGAGUGAAGAUAUUUCUGAUGCAGAGUCAUGCUGCUUUCAUAUGGAACAGCCCGUUACUACCAAACGACUUACUAGGAGUAUGCGAAUGAAAGCACAAGCAGAAAAUAAUGAGGAAGUAAACAGAAUUGUUUCAGAAGAUGAGAAUUUAAUUGAGGACACAGUUAAAUCUGAGCCAUUAAUAAUUUCUGAUUCUAGACCUGCUCCACAAUUAGUCUCUGACAAAAAAGAUGCUUCCUCUGUCACCGCACAUAAUGAAGAAUCCAGUUUAUCUACAAGCAAAUGUUCUUCCAAAUCUGCUAAUGCAACCUUAAAUGAAGAUGUGAAACAAGACUUUUUGAAUGAUACAACACCCAGUAGUCUUACAAAAAUGAAACAAAGUAGUAAUACUGAAUCGCCCAGAAAAAAAGCAAUAAAAGAUACACAAAUUCUUGGGGUAGAUGAUUCAGAGGAAGAAAGUGACAAAAUUCAGGAAGAGCACAGUAAAAUACUUGUGAGGGGGGUGAAAUUAAAGAAUAUGGAUCUUUGUUUAACUGAUUGCAUGAGUCCCAAACAAUUGUUAGAAUCCGAAGGGCAAAUAACACCAAAUGUAAGUAAAAAAGUUCCAGAAUACAGAAGAAUAGACGCUGAGGCAGCGGUAGAGAGGUCUUUUGCCUGUGCAAGUGAAUUAAAAAAGGAUGAACAAUCUAGUGCAGUGAGCAGCCCACGAGAGGAUGCACCUGUUGCACAAAUAACUGGCAGCGUAGCUGGUAGGUGUAGAAUGCUUGAAAUCAGUGUGGACAGUGGUGAAGACCAAACAGUAGAAUAUGCUGAUUCUGUAUCCCACAGCAGUGAAAGAUCAAGCAGUGGAAAUAAUUCUCUUACAUUGUUUCUGAGCAAAGAUGAAAGUGAUGAAUCUGAAAAUAGUGAUGUGGCAGACACAGAUACAGUGGAAGAAAAUAAGAGUUACAUGGAGGCAGAUGAAAGGACUCCUUCCAUGAGCAAACCUUUAAAAAAGAAUUCACUGCAUGUUGAAGGGCUUUUUGUAAUUGAUACUGAGCCUGGCAUGGGUUCCAACCAAAAGUAUUAUCUAGAUCAGGUUGACCAAGCUAGUGUUGUUGAAAGUAAACAUGAAGGAAAUGAAAAAGUUGAAGAAUCCUCAGAUCUAGAAGAGGCUGAAGAAGAACUGAUAGAUGAAGAUGAGAAAGAUGAAGAUGAUGAUUUAUUGAAAAAUAAAAUUGAUGUUUUGCAUCUUUCCAGCAGCAUAGACCCUGGCUUGAACAUUAAAAAGCUCGGAGGUUUAUAUAUAAGCUUUGAUGGAAAAAAACAGAAGCCUAGUUCAAGUGUAAUUAAACAACCGAUGGAGAAAAAGAAGGACCAGCUCUUGCAGAAGAGUAUAAUAACUCCAGAUUUUGAAAAAAAGGAAUGUGUCCCACCCUUCAGGGAAUCACUUCACCAGCUAAAGAAACAGCGCAGAGCAGAGCGAGAGAAGACAACAGGUGAUGGCUGGUUUGGUAUGAAAGCCCCAGAAAUUACAAGUGAACUGAAAAAUGAUCUUAAAGUUUUGAAGAUGAGAGCUUCAUUGGACCCUAAGCAUUUUUAUAAAAAGAAUGAUAGAGAUGGUCUACCCAAGUACUUCCAGGUUGGAACUGUGGUUGAUUCUCCCAUAGACUUUUAUCAUAGUCGAAUUCCUAAGAAACAAAGGAAGAAAACAAUUGUUGAAGAGCUGCUUGCAGAUUCUGAGUUUAGAAGAUAUAAUAAAAGGAAGUAUCAGGAGAUCAUGAGUGAAAAAGCAGCUUUUGCAGCAGGGAAGAAGAAUCGGAAGAAGAAGAAAUUUCACAAUUAAGACUUGAAGAAAAAUAACAAGCUGGAACAACUUAUUUGUUAUAAAACUUUCCACAGA